CUCCAUCUUUCCCUCUGACCCGGAACCAGAGAGAGAGAGAGAGAGAGAGAGAGAGAGGACUACACUCUCUCUCCAUCACAUCAUCAGACUCCGCCUCGCGCUCUCCGGUCUGUACCGAUCCGGUCACAACAGCUGACCACCGGCGGCUCUGCGGCCGGACCGAGCGGCAGCAGAACCACAACAUGGCCCUGCAGCAGCUGCCCCCGUGCGUGAUAGACUGCGGGACCGGGUACACAAAGGUCGGCUAUGCUGGGAACACAGAGCCGCAGUUCAUCAUGCCGUCCUGUAUCGCCAUCAAGGAGUCGGCCAGCGUGGGAGAGCAGGCUCAGAGGAGGCUCGUACGAGGAGUCGACGAUCUGGACUUCUACAUCGGAGACGAAGCAGUAGACAAACCCAACUAUGCAACCAAGUGGCCCAUCCGUCAUGGGAUGGUGGAGGACUGGGAUCUGAUGGAGAAGUUCAUGGAGCAGAUCAUCUUCAAGUACCUCCGAGCCGAGCCUGAGGACCACAGCUUCCUCAUGACGGAGCCUCCUCUCAACACCCCAGAGAACAGAGAGUACCUGGCAGAGAUCAUGUUUGAGACCUUCAACAUACCUGGACUCUACAUCGCAGUACAGGCCGUGUUGGCGUUGGCGGCGUCCUGGACGUCUCGGCAGGUUGGACAGAGAACUUUGACGGGCAUCGUCAUCGACAGCGGAGAUGGAGUCACGCACGCCAUCCCAGUGGCUGAGGGCUACGUGAUUGGCAGCUGUAUAAAACACAUCCCCAUCGCAGGGCGGGACAUCACCUUCUUCAUCCAGCAGCUGCUCAGAGACAGAGAGGUGGGGAUUCCUCCAGAGCAGUCGCUGGAGACCGCCAAGGCCGUCAAGGAGCGGUACUGUUACAUCUGUCCGGACAUUGUGAAGGAGUUCACAAAGUACGACUCUGACCCGGGGAAAUGGAUCAAACAGUACCGCGGCGUCAACGCCGUCAGUAAGAACGCCUUCCACAUUGACGUGGGCUACGAGCGCUUCCUGGGUCCUGAGAUCUUCUUCCACCCCGAGUUCGCUAACCCAGACUUCAUGCAGCCUAUCUCUGAUGUCGUCGAUGAUGUCAUUCAGAGCUGUCCAAUCGAUGUGAGGCGACCCCUGUACAAGAACAUCGUGCUCUCCGGAGGAUCCACCAUGUUCAGAGACUUCGGGCGGCGACUGCAGAGAGACCUGAAGAGAGUCGUGGACGCCCGCCUGAAACUGAGCGAAGAACUCAGCGGAGGACGGAUAAAGCCGAAGCCGAUGGAGGUUCAGGUCGUCUCUCAUCACAUGCAGCGCUACGCCGUCUGGUUUGGAGGCUCCAUGUUGGCGUCCACGCCGGAGUUUUUCCAGGUGUGUCACUCUAAGAAGGACUACGAUGAGAUCGGCCCCAGCAUCUGUCGACACAACCCCGUGUUCGGCAUCAUGUCCUGAUGGCAGCAGCAGCUACAGACGGCUAGCGUGUUGACCUGCUACGUUGUUAGCUUGUUAGCCUGCUCCCCAUUAGAUAGCCAGAAAGCUAGCCUGUUAGCUCCUUUUUUAAGAUUGCUGGCCUGUUUACCUGCUAUCGACUAGCCACCUGCCACUUAGCCAUUAGCCUGUUAAUCUCUUGCCCCAUUCAGUUUUUAGCCCACUAGGCUACUAGACUGUCAGCAGGCUAGCUCAGUCUCACCAAGUACACAGACUGAAACACAAGAAACAGUUAAACCAAUAAAAUUUCCCCUCAGAGAACUUAAUACUUGUACAAAACACAAGAGAACCUUUAUCCAGAAACAUAUAAAGUUGUCCAGACCUUAAGAUGAGGUCUAGCUAGCUGACAGUCUGCUAGCUGCUAGCUUGUUAGGCAUCUUCAAACAGUGGAGAGUGGAGAAGACAGACUUGUUUGAGAGUCUUCUUUUCUCACAGCGAUCGGCAGAUCACAGAUUCAGAUCCAAAACAUCUUCACCUUCGUCCAGAAAGACGUCUAAUCCAUUCAUAACAAAUCCAGUUCCAGUAAAGCUGCGAAGAUACUGCCAAAGCCUCCACCAACAGUUCAGGGCCAGUGUGUUGGUCUGCUGCAAACGAACCUCUGAAUGAAGGAUGAAAGAUUUCUUUAAGAUUCAUUAAUUCAGAAGUUCUGUUGACACUAAUCCUGUUUUUUCAAACUGUCAGUGAUCGUCUCUUUGUUUUGUUUCCUCUUCACAUCCCGUGUUUGUGUCCAGUUUAGAUUUCAUUCAGCUCCAAGCAAAGAUAGUCUGAUCACAUGAAGUCUAAAUUCAGAUUGUUGUCACACCUCAAGCUCAGUGAUGUCGUCUCUAAGCUAACGGCAUUAACAGCAAUGGCUGUUUCAGUUUGUAAAGCACUUCACCAAAGUGAAACAUGCAGAAGUGAAUAUACCAAUCGCAGCAAUUCCUUUCAUAUGAACUGAUUUCUGUCUGUACACGUCACGUUUUCUCCAGCGCCACCAUCAAGACUAAAUGUCCCUUUUCACCAGCACUUAAACAAUCUGAAGAACUACUGCUAUGAAACUGACCCAACACGUUCUCGUCCCAAGAUUUGACAAAGCGUCUGUAUUUGAUGCAAAAGGUACCCUUCGGCGUCCGUAGGAAACGCCUUUUUAAUACGUGGUUAGCGUUCGCAGUCCGGUUAGGUUCAGGCACCAGCACUUCUUGGCUAGGUCUAGAAAAAGAUCAUGUUUGGGUUGAAAUAAGAACGUUACAUUAUGUAACUUACAACAUCCAGUAACUCAGCUUUGGCUUUUGGUUUCAGACGGUGGACGGGCCAGACUGGAGCUACUUGAAGGCUCAGGGCGUCUCAUACGGACGCUGAAGGGUACCCUGUGCGGGAGCAUUGGUUUUAUAAAUAAAUAUAGGCUAAACACACAGCUAACUCUUCGACAUAAUAUUAACUCUAGAGAAGAGAACUGGAGUUCCAACUACGAUUAUUGUCCAAAUAGAAGUAAGACAAACAAAAAGUAACAGGAGUCGUUUUAUUUUUUUACCUCAGAGACGCCAAAACUCAGUGAGCGAGUACAAUUCACCUUCUUUAAUUUGAAUAUCUUCAUGUCGCUCAAUAACUUUAUUGUUUUGGUUACUUUAGACACGACAAACACAAACUCAGCAUGAGGUGAUGACCUGUAGUUUCAAACUGAAGGACUUAAUCUGAUACUGGAUCAACCAAGCGGGAAGCUUCCGGUCAGCGAACGCGGAAGUACUUUAAACCUGCAUUCUAUCGAACGGCCAGCAGGGGGCGACUCUUCUGGUUUCAAUAAGAAGUCCGCCUCCGUUAGAAAUAAUGGUAAAAUGUUUCUACUUCUCAGCUGAUUUAUUCCCUCAGUAAACACUUUCCUGAUGAGUCAAUCAGGCUAGAGUGACUCGUACCCACGCCACUGUGUAAAUUUAACCAGUGC